AGCAGCAGCAGCUUCGGGGUCAGGUGGAUGGCCUGCUGAGGACCUUCCUGCCCUGCUACCGCAGGCAGCUGGCCACAGCUGUACUCAGGCACAUCUCCCAGGAGCUGGGGCCUCAGGAGCCAGCCGCAUGCCAGCUGUCUCACACCAAAGUGCGUACCACCAAGGAGGAGGCUAUCCCGAGGAAACCUGGGGACCCAACUGCAGUUAUCUCUCUGUGUUCUCAGUGGUGCUGACAUGAGACUGCGGAAGUGGAGUUGGGGAGGGCUGACCACAGGGCCUUUGCACAGAUGAACCAGGAAGCUCUGGAGGUGAAGGCAGGCGGAGGAGGACUGGGGAAGUGAAUUCCCUGCAGGGGCACAGCAUGUACAAAAGUCCUGAGGUUGGCAGCGACAGGCUAGAUAUGAGGGACUCCCAGUUUGUGUCGUGUGUGACUGCUCCAUCUGUUGCAACCCUACCCUGCCAGGGAGACACUCUUCUAUGAGACCCCAUGUUUUUUGUCCUCUUGUCCCUCUGACCCUGUGCCUAUAGGCUCCCUGCUCUUGGCAGCUCAGAGGUUGUUAUUGUAGUCUAACAGCCUGGAACUGUAGCUACUAAUAGGCUCCCAGUGUUGGCAUUCUGUCUAAGCUCCACCCCCACAGUUACCUGGCAACAGCCAGGUAUGCUCCGCCCCACAGUUACCUGGCAACAGCCAAGUAUGCCUGACUCACUAUAAAAGGGACAUGUACCCUGACCAGCCCAUCUGCACUGGCUACCUCUCUUAAUAGAAGGACCAGUGCUGGAUGAGGCGUCUCUGGCGAUGAGGAGUUUGGGGGUUUGGCGCUGUCCUUGGAGCGCGUGAUAGGAGGGGUGAAAGUGGGUGCCAGUGCAGGGAGAUUGGAGCGUCCUUCAGUUGGCACAGGAGGGGAGGAGUCUGGAGAGGUCGAUGGAGGAGGCUCUCCGGUAACCUGGUGAGGAGGAACUGAGGCAGCGGCUUGGGUUUUUGGAAGUGUGGAAGCAGGCCUGCGGCAAAGGGGAGGCGGUUCAUUAACUGGGUCAAGGGCUGUACUGUCAUCUGGUGCCUGUCUCUUAGAUAAGAGAGGUUGGGUGGGGCUACAAGAGGAACACAGAGAUGGGUUAGAGCGAAGGGAGAUGAAUGCAUGGACUUAAAGAACCUCCUUCCAGGGUUGGGGAUUUAGCUCAGCGGUAGAGCGCUUGCCUAGCAAGCGCACUGGGUUCGGUCCCCAGCUCCGGGAAAAAAAAAAAAAAAAAAAAAAAGAACCUCCUUCCAUUUGCCAGACUGCUGGUAGUAAGUAUGAAGAUCCCAUAAAAUUGAGGAAUUUAGCCAUUAUGUGGCCAUUUUGAACCAUUGUCUAAUGAGUACUGAGUCCAGACAUUAUUCCAAAGGUGUUUCAGCUUGAUGUCCUUAGGUGAGGCAUUAGUGUUAAAGUUUUGAAAUUCACCAAAAGACAUCCCAAUGGGGAAUCUGGACGUAUGUACGAAGACAACAAAUUACCCAUUGGGGGAAGCUAUUGAGUUAUCCAGAUGGGCAACCAAGGGCCUCCACCUCUCCCCUGUCUUGGAAGAGUCUUUGACUGAUGAGGAAAUUCAGGACCGGAAAGAUAGGAAGCUGCCUCGAGUCAGGGAGCACCAAGGACCCUUGACCCUGCUGCAGGGCCAGCCGCCACAAUGGCGGCCCAUCUUCUGUGUUCUGCGUGGAGAUGGACAUCUAGAAUGGUUCAGUCACAAGGAGAACUAUGAGUCUGGGGGCUGUCCGCUAGGCUCCGCAGCUCUAACCGGGUAUACACUGCUCACAUCCCAGCGUGAAUACCUCUGCCUUUUGGAUGACCUCUGCCCCAGCUCCUCUGGAGACCUUGCCCAGGAGGAGCCGCUGCGGGUGUUGGAGGAGCCAGUGAGCUUCGCGCUCUUCCUCGUGCACCCCUUCCGGGCUCACCUCUGCUUCUGCGCUGGCUCUAGAGGGGCGCAGCGCGCCUGGAGACUAGGCCUGCAGGGUGCCAUUCGGUUGAGAGCCACCGUCCUGCAGCGCAGCCGGGCGCCCGCAGCCUGCGCCUUCCUGGACGCCGUGCAGCUCUAUCGACGACGCCGGGGCUACGCUGGUGGAGAUGACGCGGCACUGGGCUCCGACGCGGAGGUGCUGAGCGCCGAGUUGAUGCGAGAGCUAUUGCCCGCGCUGCGAGCACAGACGCUCCGAGGCCUGCGCGGUGUGGGACGCGCCAGAGCCCGGGCCUGCGCAGAGUUCCUCGACGCCGUGCACGCGGCCGUCCUGUCCUGGGCAUCCUCGAGGCUGCGUGCCUUCCAGCCAGAAAAGGACGCACUGCUGGCGGCGCUGGAGAGGAUGGUGCGCGCAGACCUUGAGCAGAUCCUGCAGCAGCGUGCACUCGGGGCCCGCAGAAUAGAAGCCGAGAUCCAGGACACACUAGAGACAUGCCUGUGCCAGAAGGUGGACCCGCAACUGCCCCAGCUGACCCUGGUGCUGGUGAGCCUCGUGGAAGCCACGCUCCAAGCUGUUCGGACCCUUCUCAUCCGGGGGAUGGACCGUCUGUGUCACUACCUUCGCAAGAACCCUUCUGGCACUCAGCUGCGCAGGGAGGUUUAUGAAUUUGGGGAGAUACCCUGGGACCCAGAGCUGAUGCAGGUCUGCUACCGGGAGGCAGAGAGGAACCACAAUCAUCUGACCCAGCUGGCAAAACCCUUUGGCUUCCUGGGGAUGCGGAGCCUGGUGUUUGGGGCUCAAGACUUUGCACAACAGCUCAUGGCGGCUGCAGUUACCACCUUUCUACAGCUGGCCGACCAGUGUCUGACGUCGGCUCUGGAUUGCAGCCAGGCAGCUGAGCAGCUGGAGAAAGUCAGGGGCCUUGUGCUGAAGAAGUUCACCUCAGACAGUGAGACCACUCGGUGGAGGUUCACCCGGGACUGGCUGUUGGGGAUCUUCUGGCCCUUUGUAUGGGGCCAUCUUGGGAUGAGAUGUAACUUGGAAACGCCUGAGGCAGAUGGGGACAUCCUGGCCGUGGGCUGCCAGGUUCUGACCACCGAGGGUGUCUACAGGGAUGUCAUCCAGGGCCUCUUGCUGCAGAGGAUUGACAGAGAAUUGGAAAAGGUUCUUGGUGCCGGUGACAGAGCCCGUGCCCCAGCUGACUGCUCAGUAGCCCAGUGGGACCAGGAAGGAGCAGAUGAGGAAGCUGAGGCUCAGAUCUGAGAGAGACUCUGCAGGCCAAAUGCAGCCACUCUGUACAACAUGGCUUCCAAGAACAUUCCAGAGCUGAGUUUUAAUCCAUCAACACCCAUCCUGGUGGACAAUGGAUGAAGACCAGGAGUGGCUUCUCUGGGCCAAGCACAUGCAUGCUUCUCUUCUGGCAGUCAUGUAUCCAACAACGAAUCAUUGAUGGAAUAUUCCUGCUAAAAUUUGUACACUCGACUUCUGAGCUAGCCUGGGCUACUGUAAUAAGACACUGUCUCUAAAUAACAACCCCAAACCCCUGUUAAUAUGAUACAUGUAUCUCUUUAAUGUCAUUUUAAUUCUUAUUUAAUUUUUUCUUAAAAAUCUGUUUCUUAAAGUUUCUUUUUUAACUUUGUUUACUUUGUAUGUGUGUGUACACACACAUGCUUGGGCCUGUGGAGGUCAGAGGACAGUUUACAGGAGUUGGAUUUUCUCUUUCCAUCUAGUGGGUCUUGAGGCUCAAACUCAGGUCAUCAAGCUUGGCGGCAAGCACCUUUACCCGCUAAGUCAUCUCGCUGGCCCCUGUUUUUACAUUUAUCAAUCGCUUGAUUAAAAACUGCUUGAAUGACUAAAUUGAACUUUAAAA